AAUCAAAUCAUCCAACAUCAACUGGUACUUCUCAAGCACAGCCAAUCACCACUACAUACCAGACUUCUCCGCACAUCAGCAACACCAACUGGAGGUACUCAGGAUACCCUCAUUCCUCAUUGGACAGUCUCACCACAUCAUAUCACUUACAGCAGCCUCCCGUGCCGGUGUCCCACUACAUCCGCCGCGCAACCGCUAAAAACGGGCUCCUAUCCGGCUCAAUAAUAGCACUUCAUCGUGCCGAAAGACAACAAAAGGCCAAAGAGGCCAUCACCACCCACUAACUAACCAACCCACAAUGGCAACAGUCGACUCGGACCCAGACAUUACCCUCUCCAUUGCUAACCACCCACCAACGAAACUCCCAGGUCCCAGUCUCCUUCAUCAUCUCGUACAACACCGCUCCGAGACAAGAGGCAAUGAUGCCCUCGCCAUCGACUACCUCGCCCCUGACGGCUCGCGGGUCUCACUGUCGUACCACGAGCUGCACAGAAGAUCUGACUCCUUGGCGGCCACGAUAUCGUCUCUCGUCGGGCCGGUGACCGACGACGACUCACAACCUAUCGUCCCGGUCCUCGUCCCCCAAUGUCCAGAUUUGUACAUUGCCCAAUUGGCGAUUCUCAAAGCCGGAGCGGCCUUCUGUCCCCUUAACCUUGAUAUUCCUCUGGAAAGAGCAAAGUUCAUCCUUGACCAAGUCUCGGCUGCCUUGGUCAUUACCACGCCCGAGUUGGCGGAGAGGGUGCCCGAGGAUGGAACGGGCAAGUUGGUUCUUCUCCUCACCGAAGAGGCCUUCACAUCCACAAAGACAGUCGAACACAGGCGACCAACACCAACGAACCUAGCCUAUGUCAUGUACACCUCCGGCUCGACAGGAACUCCCAAAGGCGUGCCCAUCACCCACGACGCUGCCACUCAGUCUUUGCUAGCUCACGAUCGACACAUCCCCGAGUUCUCACGGUUCCUUCAGUUUGCUGCACCUACCUUUGACGUCUCCGUCUUCGAGAUCUUUUUCCCUCUCUUCAGGGGAAAGACACUGGUCAGCUGUAACAGGUCGGCCAUGCUCAAUGAUUUGCCUGGGGUCAUCAAUGAAUUGGAGAUUGAUGCUUGCGAGCUUACGCCUUCAGUGGCUGGAAGUUUGUUGCGCAAGAGGGAAAAUGCUCCCGGUCUGAAGCUACUUCUGACCAUCGGCGAGAUGCUCACCCAGCCCGUCGUUCGCGAAUUCGGUGGCAGUGAUGCUAAGGCUAGUAUCCUCUGGGGCAUGUACGGCCCAACUGAAGCUGCUAUUCACUGCACCGUCCAGCCCGCCUUUGCUGCGGACUCUGUCCCCGGCCUGAUCGGCUUCUCCUUUGACACAGUCUCCUCCUUCAUUCUGGCGAUACCUGAGGAGGGAGCCGACGCCUCAGAGAUAAAGGUUGUUCCGCUCGGCGAAGUCGGUGAACUCGCCAUCGGCGGUCAUCAGCUAGCCCCCUACUAUCUAAACCGCCCAGAAGUCACUGCUGAAGCUUUUGUUUCUCACCCCGUCUACGGUUUGCUCUACCGCACAAAGGACAAGGCGCGCAUGCUCCCUGACGGCACAAUGCAGUGUAUGGGCAGAAUUGGCGAUGGCCAAGUUAAACUUCGCGGUCAACGCAUCGAGCUAGGUGAGAUUGAACAUGCCGCUUUGCGUGCUCCGGGAUGUCACUCCGCUUUUGCAGCGAUAAUCAAAGGGAUUCUCGUCCUCUUUUGCGCUGUCGAUUCAGUCGAUUCCAUGGCUACCAAGAUUGAAGACUGUUGCAAAGCCUGGUUACCUGGAUUUAUGGUCCCUGGUGACAUUAUCGUCAUGACAGAAUUCCCACGCUUGGCGUCAGGAAAAGUGGACAGAAAGGGACUGGUUGCAGAGUAUGAAGCCAUGCAGGCUAGCGGGCCGCCGAAAGAUGAAAAUUAUGGAGACGAAGAGGAGAGGCAGAUCUCUGUGUUGGUGCGAGAUACCUUGGGAGUUGUCGUGCACCCAACCCAGAGUUUGAUGCAUGCGGGCAUGGAUUCGUUAAGUGCUAUCAAGAUGGCGAGUGCACUGAGGCAGACAAUGGGGGUGAGGAUUGGAGCCAACGAAAUCCUGGGCGCCAGGACAAUCAGAGCUCUAAGGGAAGUGAUCAGGGGUCUUGAGGCUGAGGGUACUGAUGAUGGAGAGGGCCAGGAACGGGACAUGGAGACGUAUCAGCCGGCUGAGAUCGCAGCCAGCAACGACGCUCUGAAGGGACGGCUGGAGGAUAUCGAAGCUGUGCUGUCUUGUACGCCGCUUCAGUCUGCGAUGCUGUCUGAAACCACUGCCAACCCGAGAGCGUACUGCAACUGGAUGCGGCUCAAUUUCCCGGAGGGCUCCACGGAGAUGGAUAUCCGGUCGUGGUUUCUUCAGCUUGCGCAGUCAAACGAGGCUUUACGGACGGGGUUCGUUCACCAUGGCGGUCAAUUCCUGCAGGUCAUCUUCCACUCCCUCGACGACUCACUGAUUUCGGCCGUCGACAACAUUUCUGAUGAGUUCUCCUUCUUCGGUCAUGACGACUUCCUCCGCCCCUUCCGCAUUUUCUUCUCCCCUCCCUCAGCCACAUCGUCUAUUACGGCCGUCCUUCAGAUUCAUCAUGCCAUCUAUGACGGCUGGUCAACCGAUCUCCUCCUCUCUGACCUUGACUCCUUCAUCAACGAUUCCACUCCCAAGUCACGUCCCCAAUUCAGCGCCGUCACAACCUACUACCAUUCCGCAUCUUAUCGCCGGUCUUGCAACUUAGCCCGCGAAUUCUGGGCUCAACACCUCGCUGGUUUCCAACCUCCUUCAAUCCCAGAACUGCGACCCGACAUCCCUUCUUCUUCCACAGUUCGGUCCCACUCCGUCCAUCUUCCCUCUCUUUCUCCCCAGCAAGUCAAGUCCGUACUUCGCGAACUUGGUUGUACCCCGCCAGUCCUCUUCCAGGCUGCUUUGGCUUGGCUAUGGAGCGUUUACGUCGGAAGUCAAGACGUGGUCAUCGGCACGGUAACAUCGGGGCGAACGAUUCCUGUGCCGGGCAUUGAGAAGAUCAUCGGACCGUGCAUUGCUACGGUGCCGCUGAGGACGGAUCUGGCAAGUGUGAGGACGGUGAGGGAUCUGCUGGGGAAUGUUCAGGCGGUGGGUAGGGAGGUGAUGAAACAUAGCGUGUUGCCACUGAAGGAGAUCAAAAGAGCUAUAGGGAUUCAGGCUGGACAGAGUCCGUUUGAUGUGCUUCUUGUCUAUCAGGAGACGCUCGAAAGCCCGACCAGGGAUGCGAACAGGGGCGGAGAGAGGAAGUUCGUGGAGUUGGAACAAGGUCGGGACUGGCUCGAGACGAAACUUCUCGUUGAAGUCGAGCCCCACCAGGAUGGGUACGGCUUGACCCUCACAUAUCACACUGAUGCGUUUACCGGGGCUCAGAUCGCCGUCAUAGGGGAUCAAUUGAGUGUCCUUGUUGAGGCUAUGCUCCACAGCUUGGACACGGAAGUAUCUUCUCUCACGAAUGUAUUUCCCAGGAAACUGUUGUCGAUUUAUAACGAGCACCCCAAGACGCUUGAAGGGGUGCCAGAUUUGGCGAAGGCCGUUGAGGUAGCCGCUGAGAGGAAUUCGAAUCAGGAGGCACUUUGCUUUGCGGGGAGGAUUGCGGAAGAUGGCACCGUAGUAGCGAAGAGUGUGAGCUACAGGGAGUUGAACGCAACGGCCAACAAAAUUGCCUGGCUGUUGAAAAGCCGAGGUGUGGAGAAGGGAGACAUUGUGGCCAUUGUCAUGGAGAAAUCGGUACUUCUCUAUGCGGGAAUACUGGCGAUUCUCAAGGCUGGGUGUGCGUAUCUGCCUUUACUGCCCACCACGCCGGUUGAGAGGGUAAAGACAGUUUUUGGGCAGGCUGGUCUCCGGCACUGUCUGGCUGAUUCUGACUCCACGACAAAGUUUGAGGAGAUUGGAGAGGUCAAGUUCAUUAACCUCGAGACUGCGGACCUAGGCGGCCUCUCCGAUGAAAACCUCAAUAUCCCAGCCGAUCCUUCCCGCAUCGCCUACAUCAUAUACACCUCCGGUUCUACUGGGAUACCCAAAGGGGUUUGCGUCACCCAACUCAACAUCGUCAGCAAUCUGGACGUCCUAUCUCGCAUCUACCCAUCAAUACCCGGCAAAUCCCGCCUCCUUCAGUCCUGCUCCCAGGCCUUUGACGUUUCGGUCUUUGAGAUCUUCUUCGCCUGGACCCAAUCCAUGACCCUCUGCUCCGGCACCAACGAUAUCCUCUUCGCCGACCUCGAACAAUCUAUCUGUUCACUUGGAAUUACCCAUCUUUCCAUGACGCCUACCGUCGCCUCGCUCGUUUCCCCCGAAAACGUACCUAAUGUGGAAUUCCUGGUGACAGCAGGAGAACCGAUGACACCUGCGGUAGCAAGUAAAUGGCACAAGCAGCUAUGGCAGGGGUAUGGCCCUUCCGAGACUACCAAUAUCUGCUCUGUCAAGAAGAUGACCAUCCCUCCUCGUCACAGGAUUCGACAUUUGGGUUUCACCUUUCCCAACACCAGCGCGUUCGUGGUUUGUCCUAACUCUGAUAAGCUCGAUCUGGUCCCAAUCGGAGGGUUUGGUGAGCUCUGUUUUGGCGGAGAUCAAGUCGUCAAGGGGUAUCUCGGGCAGGAAGACCUGACAAGUAGGAAGUUCGUGGUGGAUAAAGAGUGGGGGAGGGUGUAUAGGUCGGGCGAUCUGGGUAGGAUGCUGGCCGAUGGUAGUUUGAUGAUUUGGGGAAGGGCGGAUGAACAGGUGAAGGUGAGAGGUCAGAGGGCUGAGCUGGGAGAGGUAAAUGCUGUUGUGCAGGCGGCGGCUCAGGCAAGUGCUGGCAAUAAGCUGGGGGGUAAUUCGGUGGAUCAAGCGAAUGGCGUGGAAGAAAAGGGGGCUGUAGGAGAGGAUGGGAAGAUGGAGGGCAACGGGAUCGAAUGCGCGACACUGUUCUUCAAGCCGAAGAAAGGAGUGGCUUCCACCAGCGCAGGGCAAGGACAAAUCGUCAGCUUCUUCGUCCCCGGUAUCCUUGGCCGCACAACAACAUUCCAGGUCCUCGAGCUCGACGAUGUCCUUCAAAGUGAAGUCCGCUCCAUCUUUCAAUUGGUUGAGGCACAAGUACCAAGCUACAUGAUCCCUUCGUUCAUCAUUCCUCUCACCAAGCUGCCCAUUACAGCCUCUGGUAAGCUCGACCGCCGCCUCCUCGAAGAGAGCUUCACCUCCCUUACCCAGGAGUACCUCGCCUCCGCUAGCCCUUUGAUUGGCUCCAGCAACAGCGAUGAUGACAGCGGGGAGUGGUCAGAAGACGAGAGUAAAGUGGCAGAUAUUGUUUGCCGCAUCUUUGCGGUUGACAGGAGCAGCGUGAAAAGAUGGACGCCCCUCACGGCUUUCGGAUUGGAUUCCAUUUCUGCUAUCGAGCUCUCCAAGCAGCUUUCAUCUCACCUCGGCGGCAGGCGCCUCGCAAUAUCAACAAUCCUUCGAAGUUCUACCGUCGCGAGAAUCGCGUUGGCGUUGUCCGAGUCGCCCUCUUCCGGGCCCCCGGCAGCGGCUACGGCAGAAGAAGUGGGAGCGGAAGCAGAAACGGGAAAGGAGAAAAGCCUGGAGCCGUUGGUCUCAGAACAGCUUUUCCGGGCUAUUACGGGGCAGUUUGAAGAGAAGGGGAAGAAUGUAGAAAAGGUGUUGCCUUGUACACCACUGCAGGAGGGCAUGCUUGCUGCUUCUAUUGGGCGUGGGCGUGGGGCGUACGUGAACAAGAUGCUGCUGAAGCUCGGAGCUACUUGCAGUGUGGAAAGCUUGAGACGGAUGUGGGCCAAGGCUUGCCAGAGGCAGGGGAUUCUAAGGGCGGCUUUUGUGUCCACUGUGGAUCCGGAGCGACCGAUGGUCCAGGUUGUGUUGGAAGCUGGGAGCUGGGAGAUACCAUGGUUGGAGUUUGGUGUUUCUUCAACCGAUGAUUUGGGGGAAGUCAUCGAGAAGCACGUUUCGACCCUCUCCGAGCCGGUCGACUCUUUCGAACCGCCCAUUUCACUUGCGAUAAUCAACAGUGGAGAUGGCAAGUUCCUGUCAUUCAUCUGCCACCACGCUCUGUACGACGGAGUGGCCAUCCAGCGUUUGCUCUACGAAGUGGAACAGCUUCUUGCCGGCCAGGAGCUACCUCCAGCACCGAAAUAUGAGCCCUUCCUCCGCGAGAGUCUGGCGUUUGCGCGGGCGCCGGAGACGGAGACGUUCUGGAGGGAGCAGCUUGCUGGACUGCAUCCCCGUCUGUUGAUCAAAUCGUUCCACUUUGCUCCUUCCAGCACAGCUGAGUUGCCAGCGCCGGUACUACUGACAAAACCCAUCCCAAUUUCACUCAGUCAAGUCCUUAGCAAGGCCAGGCACUCGAGCGUCUCACUUCUCUCCCUUAUUCAAGCCUCAUGGGCCACCGUUUUGUCGGUGGUACUGAGGACGGAAGACGUAUGCUUCGGUAACGUGCUCAGCGGCCGUACCCUGUCAAUCGAGGGAAUCGAUGAGCUCGUGGCGCCUUGCUUCAAUACGGUCCCGGUGAGGAUGAGGUUGGACGAUCUCGAGGGACGCAGGAAUAUUGACUUGGUGAAAGCAUUUGGCCAGCUGGGGACUAGACUUCUAGAGGGGCCUGGGUUUGCAUCUUUGAGAAAGGCGCAGGGGCUUGUUCAGGCACAAGAGAGACUUUUUGACACACUUUUGUUGCUGCAACAAGGUGGCGGAUAUGGGGAGAAGGAGAACAGCCUGUGGAAGGUGGUGAGGGAUGAGGGUGAUAUGGAUGUCCCGAUCGUGGUUGAGUUCGUCCCUGACGCGGAGAAGGAUGAGCUGCUGGUGAAUUUGUAUUUGGAGCGUGGACACUUCUCCAAGGAUUUCGCCGACCUGGUUCUUGAUCUCCUCUUCAGCACCCUCGACAACUUCCUAAAGUAUCCUGCCUCGCAUAUCUGGCAAUUCGAUACCCUUCCCGCGAACCUCAAGGAGAAGCUCACAGAGAUGCCUUUCAAUGACACUGAAGCAUCAACCUCGUCGGCCCCUCAUGUCCAAGCAAACGACGCGAGGAAAGAAGAGUGGUCCGAUCUUGAAUCCCGUAUUUGCAGUGUUCUGGCCUCACUUAUGACGAACAAGGACCGUCGCAUUGGGAGACAGACAACCAUCUACCAACUCGGUCUAGACAGUAUCUCCGCCGUGCAGAUCGCUUCGAUGCUGCGAAAGGAACUGGCUUCUGAAGGUACGAAGGUCAAUGCCAGCGAUAUCAUUGCGCAUCCUAGUUGCGCUUCAUUGGCUGCGUUCCUUGAGAGCCAAAAGGGUAGCAAUAAGGCCGUUAUAAUUGAGCCGAAGACUAUCACGGAUGGCAUCGCUAAAUUCGCUGAAGAGGUCCAGUCUCAGCUUGAACCACAGCUUGUGUCUCAGGACAUUCGGCUCAUGAACGUGGAGAAGGUUUUGCCUUGUACCCCGUUGCAAAGCGGAAUGUGGUUGCAGUUCGUGCAGUCCGCUCAAGAUGGAGGGAGAGAUUACCUCAACUUUCUGGAGUACCGGAUCGAUGCCUCAAAGGGUGUUGGGCUGGAUGACCUGGAGAAGGCGUGGGAGAUGCUCUUCAAGGCUCAACCCAUUCUCCGCACCGGCGUUAUGGCCGUUGAGCAUGAUAACUGCGCUUUUGCGAUGGUUCAAUACCAGCCUGAUGCUGUCAAGAAGCCGGUGCUUGUGAUCAAGGGACAGCCUUUUGAGGUUGAGAAGUGGCGGAGUGAUCUCGCUGACGGUAUCCUGAACGAAAAGCAGUCCGUGCCGUGGGGCGUUUCUUUGGUUGAGGGUGAUGAUGGGUUGGCGAUGCACGUCGGCCUGCAUCACGUUCUUUACGACGCGCAUUCUCUGCAAGUCCUCAUGGUGGAACUUGCCAAAGCUGUCUUUGGCGAUGACCUUAUCCCGCUGACGUCUACUAAAACCGGAACCGCUGUGGCGGAUAUUCUCACGCAAAUCGAGACUUCCCGGCAGACGGCCGAGAAGUUCUGGAAGGGGCAGGCGGAGAAUACAGUUAUCAACAGCUUCCCAGUGAUGACGCCCUUGAAGGAGUCGACCAGGAAGAUCCAGGUGGAAACGCUGCAGGGUGGCUGGUCGCUACCUGAACUGGAGAAGGCUGCGGCCGAGUCGGGGUAUAGCUUGCAAGUCCUCCUUCAGGCUUCGUGGGCGCGGGUGCUGUCAGCCUACUUGGGUGAACCGUCAGUGACGUUUGGCGUGGUUCUCUCGGGUAGAAACACGGAAGCGACGAGAGACGCGAUCUUCCCGUGUAUCACCACCCUGCCGGUCAUUGCUGCGAAUACCGCGAGUAACGAGGAACUGCUGCAGGGGAUGAUGAAGUACAGUGCCGAGCUGUACAAGCAGCAGCAUCAGCCGUUGGCGAAGAUUCAGCAGUGGCUUGGAAGGCCAGACACGAGAUUGUUUGACACGCUGGUUGUUUAUCAAAAGUUCUCAUCUCACACCUCCACAACUGAAAAGCAAGCGCCGUGGAGCCUUGUCGAGGAUGCUGCGACAAUCGAUUACCCCGUCUCCAUUGAAGUCGAACCUCAACCCAACGGAGAGGUGAAGUAUGCCGUUACUUUCUUCGACGACGUCCUCCCUCGUGAGCAAGCCCAGCUCGUUUUGAGGCAGUUUCAGGCAAUGGUUGAGUAUCUCGCUCUUCACCCAGCUGCUGACGAGGAUGGACUGUUGGAGCGACGUCCGGAGCUGUUCGCCAUCGUCCCCCCCGAGAAAGCCACCUUGCCAGUGCUGGACGAUGUUCAGUUUCUCCAUCAGUUUGUCGAGGUCCAAGCUCUCAAGACUCCCGAGAAGACGGCCCUAUUCUUUGCUGAUGGAUUUGAUUCCCAUGGCGAGCCGAUAGGGAGGCAGUGGAGCUAUAAUGAGCUUGAUGCUAACGGAAACCGGGUAGCGAACAUGCUUUCAAGACAUGUCAAAGUUGGAGAUAUUGUUGCAGUCUACUUUGAUAAGUGUCCGGAGGCCUUCUUCGCUAUCUUGGGUGUCCUGAAGGUGGGAUGUUCGUUCGUGGCACUGGAUCCUGGAGCGCCCAAGGCAAGAAAGGAGUUCAUUGUCAAGGAUUCUGGGGCUACCGCCUUGUUGACCACGGCUGGCAAGUCCACACAGAUGGACUUCGUUGUCGAGGUGCCGGUCAUGGGCGUGGAUCUCGAGGCGUUGAAGAGCCAGUCGGCUGACCCGCCGUUCUUGGAUCGGAAGCUGCAUCCAUCUGAUGCGGCCUACUGUCUUUAUACCUCCGGUACAACAGGCACCCCUAAAGGUUGCGAGAUCACCCACGACAACACAGUUCAGUGCAUGCUCGCUUUCCAGCACAUUUUCACUGGUCACUGGGAAGACACAUCCCGCUGGCUCCAGUUCGCCUCCCUGCACUUCGAUGUUUCUGUGCUUGAACAGUAUUGGUCCUGGUCUGUAGGUAUUACCCUUGUCGGCGCGCCUAAGGACCUCAUUCUCGAAGAUCUCGCGGGGACUAUCUCCCGAUUGCAAAUUACGCAUAUCGACCUCACUCCUUCUUUGGCAAGGUUGAUACACCCCGACGAUGUCCCGUCCCUGUGUCGCGGCGUGUUCAUAACAGGAGGCGAAAGCCUGAAGCAAGAGAUUCUGGAUGCGUGGGGCGAUAGAGCCGUCAUUUAUAACUUUUACGGUCCGACGGAGGCAACGAUUGGUGUAACAGUGUACCCGAGAGUUCCGAGGAACGGAAGGGCGAGCAAUAUUGGGCGGCAGUUUUUGAAUGUCGGUUCGUACGUGCUGAAGCCGGGCACAGACAAGCCUGUCCUGCGCGGUGCUGUCGGCGAGCUGUGCGUCUCUGGCAAGUUGGUUGGUAAGGGAUAUUUAGGGAGGGAAGAUCUGACCAAGGAGAGGUUCCCUACCUUGCGGGUACUUGAUCAAGAGGAGAAGGUCUACCGCACUGGUGACCUUGUCAGAGUUUUGCAUGAUGGUUGCUUUGACUUCUUGGGGAGAGCGGAUGAUCAGGUUAAGCUCAGAGGGCAGAGGUUGGAAAUUGGGGAGAUCAACCAUUCGAUCAAAGUGGGAGUGGAGGAGGUGCAGGAUGUGGCGACAGUGGUGAUACGCAACGAAAAAGCCGGCAAAGAUUUCCUUGUUGCUUUCGUGACAACAGCCAUCAGAACGCGGGGAGUGGAGCAGCAGAAAUUGGAGGUGAUCAAAAACGGAAACGACACUGCUGAACUGCUUCACAAGGUCCGGCAAGCCUGUCGCGCAAAGCUCCCUGGGUACAUGGUCCCAACCUACGUCGUCCGUCUGCCUUACAUCCCGCUGUCAGCGAACAAUAAGGCGGAGAUCAAGGAGCUAAAACGUCUCUUCUCCUCGUUAACGCAGGAAGAACUCGUCAGCCUCUCCCCUUCUGCCUCCAUCGCCCCCGGUAGCUUGACCCCUACUGGUCAAAAAGCUGCCGCCGUCCUCGCAGAGAUGCUAUCCAUCUCUCCUGGACUCAUUACCCCCUCUACCUCCAUCUUCGAGUUGGGUCUCGACUCCAUCUCUGCCCUCCGCUUUAGCCGGGUGCUCAAGCGAUCCGGUUUUCCUCAAGCCUCUCCGUCACUAAUCCUCAGCCAUCCGCUCCUUGCCGACUUGUCACAAGCCUUGGACUUGGGCAAGGCGCAGUCCAACACCGCUCAAAUUGCUGCUGCCAAGCAACUCGUGCAAGCGUGCCAGCAUCGCCACAUGGCGAAUGUCUGUAAAGAGCUGGGGCUGAAGAGGGAGGAGGUAGAGUAUGUGGCGCCGUGUACCGGGUUGCAGGCUGGUAUGACUGCCCGGAGGGAGAAAUAUUAUAAUACCUUCCUCUUCAAGGUGACGGAGGGAGUGGAUGUGGAGAAGUUGGAGAGUGCAUGGAACGAAGUCAUGGACGAGUACCCGAUUCUGAGGACCAAAUUCGUGCAGACUAGUGAGGGAUUUGUUCAGGUCGCUGUUAAGCCUGGAGCAACAGAUUCAAAGCUGAAUUGGAAGCAAUUGAAGGUCGAGGAAGAGGCUGAGGUGGAAGAGACGGUAAAGGCGACGAGAAGGGAGUGGCUACGAAACAAUGCCGGGAGGAUUAUCAAGCGAACCAUGGAACUCCAGCUGUUUAGUAUCCUCAGACCCGAUCUCCAGAAGGAGCGGCUCUUGGCGUUGCACAUCUUUCACGGCGUUUAUGACGCCAACAGCUUGGAGUUGAUCCUCCAGAAGAUGGCCUCUGCAUAUCGUGGCAAGGUCGAUCAGGGUGAGAAGAACCCAUCUUUUCUCGAAGCCCUCUACCACGGCCCCCUCCAACCCUUUUCUCACUCCAAGCCUUUCUGGCUGUCACACCUCAACAAUGCCAGUCCCGAGCCGACUUUCGCCGUCGUCGAAGGCGCCAGCACGAAAGCCUUCAGUUCCCGCACAACCAUCCCUUUCACUCUCCAGCGUUUGAGCAAAAAUCUAGGAGUAACCAAUCACUCCCUCCUGCAAGCCGCUUGGGUCGCCGUCUUAGCCAAACAGUUCGGCGUCAGAAACCCAACGAUCGGAGUCAUUGUUUCGGGACGGGCUAUCGAGCUUGAGGAUGCGGAGCGCGUCGCUGGCCCGCUUCUGAACACGCUGCCGUUCCAUGUUUCGGUCGGCAAUAGGACGUAUAAGGAGCUGGUGAGGAGUUGCCAUGACUGGAAUUCGAAGGUAGUGGAAUGGCAGCAUGUACCGCUUAGGGAGAUUCAAAAGUGGUGUGGAAAGGCCGGGAAGGGGCUGUUUGAGGUGUUGUUCUCGUUCCAACAGGAGCAGCCUUCGAAAUCCCAGGAAGCGGAUGUAGAAGGUAGGAACAAGGAGGAAGAGUUGUGGACAAUCAUGGACGAGGAUGCCAAUACGCAGGUUGAUUAUCCGCUAGCGCUUGAGGCAACUUUGACGAGUAAUGGGGAGGUGAAAUUGUUGAUUGUUGCACAGGAGGCGGUUGUUGGUGAAGAUAUGGUGGAGAAGCUGAUGGAGGUUUUGGUAGAGAUUAUGAGGGAGAUAGGAGAGGAUCCGGAGGCAGUGAUUGUGGGUGGUGAUGGGAUCAACUUGGUCACAUGGCAGCAAGAACCUGGACACGAGGCCAACAAGGUGGAGGACGUCAACAAAGGGAGAGAAAAUUCCGGGUUUGUCUGGACUGAAGCCUCCAAAACGAUUCGCGAACAGAUUGCUACCCUAGCGGAGGUCGCUGCUGACACAGUCACCGAGACAACCUCGAUCCUGGAGCUUGGCCUGGACAGUAUCGACACUAUCAAACUUUCUGCACGGUUGAGGCAGUUGGGUGUUAGUAUCAAGCCAAGCGAGUUGAUGAAAGGGCAGACAAUUGAGGGACUGCUUCCUUACUUGGAGGAACAAAAGAUCAUGAACGGCACGCAAGCAAACGGCGACAAAUUACGAGGAAAGACCUCCUCUAGUUUGAGGGACAAAUGGGUUGACAAGAUCCGCGAACAACAAAAGGGAGAUAUAGAAACAAUUCUACCCGCCACUCCCCUUCAAGACGGCAUGGUCGCCGAGAUGGUCCAUUCGGACUUCCAGCUGUACUUCAACCACGAUAUCAUGGAGAUUGAGCCGCAUGUCGACCUGGGCAAGCUCAAGACUGCGUGGAAGACCGUGAUCGCCAACUCCCCGAUCUUGCGGACGUCCUUCUUCAUGGCGGAAGACCCCACGUUGGAUUUUGCCUACCUCCAGGUUGUCCACCAACAACUCCCCGCAGAAGCCAUGAAAGAGCUGAAAAUCGAAAGAAAGGAAGACCUAUCCAAGAUCACCGAGUAUGCUACCGCUCGGGCUCGAAAAGCUGGCGGCGAUGCCGGCUUUCUGCAGCUGACAUUCGCGACACUGGGUGACAGGAGAUUUGUUGUUCUCUCCAUAGCUCACGCCCUCUACGACGGGUGGUCUCUCUCCCUCCUCCACCAAGACGUCCAAGCCGCUUACGAGGGCCGGUACACACCUCGCCCCUCGUAUGAAGCAUACCUGGAGGAGAUUAUUCGCAAAGGCGAUGGCCGAUCAGCAGCUUUCUGGUCUGGAUAUCUGGCUGGCGCGAAACCGACGUUUUACCCUCAAUUUUCUCUUGAGCAGUCUUCGGUCAUCUACCAGCACGAAACCACCUCCCAACUUGACUUCUACAAGAUCAAGUCCUUCACCAAACAGCACGCCAUAACCUUGCAAACGCUUGGUCAAGCCUGCCAUGCCGCAGUGCUCGCCACCGUUACCCGAAGCCUAGACGUCAUGUUUGGCGCAGUCCUCUCCGGUCGCGCCGGUUCAGAAGAAGCUGAACAGCUCAUGUUCCCCACCAUGAACACUGUUGCAGUCAGAAGCGUGCUGCAUGGAGACGUAAAAAGUUGGUUGCGAUACAUGCAAGGUGUUUCGAACGAUAUCGGUGGCAAGGAGCAUUUUCCGUUGCGGAAGAUGCAGCGGUUGGUGAAAGGGGGUGGACAGCUUUUCAACACGUUGUUUGUUCUGCAAAGAAGGGUGCCCGGCGGUAACACAGGAGCAGGUGGUGAAGCGCUGGUGAGGUCAGUAGGUGGAAGUUCGGCGGUUGAGUACCCCGUUUGUGUGGAGAUGGAUGUUGUUUCUGGCGCAGAUGGAGGGGAGAAAUUGGUUUGGAGAACGGCGUGCGACUCACGAUUCGUGGAUGGCGAGAAGGGGGCGGAGGAGUUGCUGGAGAGAUUGGAUAAGGUGUUGAGGUAUUUGGUUGAGAGCGGGGAGAAGAACGUGUUGGAAUUUGAAGGGGGCAAGAUGAGUGUUUGUGGGUUGGACGGUUUUACUCCGUCGACUGAUGAUGACACCGUUGCGGUUGAUGGCAAGGAUUUAGUAGAGGAUGCAGAUGUUGGUGGAGAGUGGUCGGAACUGGAGGAGAAAAUCAGGUCUGUCCUUGCAGAAGUUGCUGGCCUGGAGGUAUCUACGGUCCAGAAGAGCAACAACAUCUACCACCUGGGCCUGGACUCCAUCUCCGCCAUCAAGGUCGUUUCUCUCCUACGGAAACAAGGGGUAUCGAUCCCGCUCCGUCAGCUGUUGAAGGCGAAGAGUGUCCCCGCCAUGGCUCAGGCUGCUACUGUGGCCGGAGAGCAGCCUGCAGCGAGGUCAACCGAAGCUCCGGCUCCGAAUGACACUGGAAAUGGUAUCAACACUGUCAACGAGACCUCUCUGCCUCCCAAGCAUAUCGACGAAAAGCACAUCACCGCCCUAUUCUCUCAAGCCGACAUCAUUCCCUCCUCUGCUGGGCCGAUAAUCAACAAUAUCGAGGCCGUCCUUCAUGCCACGGCCAUGCAAGUCCACAUGCUCUCCGUCUGGCAAAACACCCAAGGCGAUGUCUUCCACGCGACCUUCACAUAUCGUCUCACCGGCAACAUCAGCAAGUCCUCUCUCUCGGAGGCCUGGAAGUCUGUAGUUGCCGAGUUUCCCAUUCUGCGGACCAUCUUCUUAGCAAAUGACCAGCCUGAAAAGCCGGUAGUGCAGGUCAUUCUCAGGCCUGAUGCGCUGGUGGACAACCCAGCUGAGGAUAUCGAUCCAAAGCAGUGGUCAAGUCUGUCAAGAAAGGGUCAAAGUGGAUUAGUCCAACCGUUGAACUCCAUGGGUGGUCAACAAGCUGACAACGGGGAUUGGAUCUUGAGCUUCACGAUCCAUCAUGCUUUGUACGAUGCGAUAUGCUUGCCAAUGAUGGUUAACCGGCUCGCCACCUUGUGCGCCGGCGCCAGCAUCAGUGGAGAGGCGGAUGCUUCCAAGUCGCUUGAGGUCUGGAAGGAGUAUAGCAGACAGCAGACACAUCAAAGUGCGAGGGCGAAGCAGUUCUGGACGGAAUACCUUGCUGGCGCGAAGUCGACACCUGUUGACCUCAACCUGGACACUUCGGCAACGAGUUCAACGACAGGAUCAGAGUCGACCACAGCAGCAUCAGCUCUAGAAAAGGUAGAAGAAGCACCAUCACCGCAAUCCACCUGGCUACCCGACCUCCUCCGACCUCUUGUAGACGGACUCUCUCGUUUCCUGCCAGGAGCCGUAUGGCAACCAGCACCAGCUCCAAAGCAUCAGUCCCGACCCUCGCGGCGCGUUUCUCUAGUCCAGCGCAAUGCCAUUGCGGACGUCUCCAGGAUCAAGAAGCUGUGUGCCGCGGCAGGGGUCUCAAUCCAAGCCCUCUUCUUCGCUGCUUACGCACGUUUCGUCUCGGAAACUAUUCAGGCCAAAUCCCGAGACGUGGUCUUUGGAGUUUACCUUGCCAACCGCUCUUCCGACCUCUCUGAAAUCCCAUAUCCCACUCUCUGCCUUGUGCCGUUGCGCGUUCGAGUCCAAGAAAGCCUGGUGGACAUGGCCAAGCGGAUUCAAGAAGAUCUGUACAAGAUCUCUGAUCCUGAACACGUUGGUGCGGGACUCUGGGAGAUCAAGGAGUGGACUGGAGUGGUGGUGGAUGGGUUUGUCAACUUCUUGAGUGUGCCUGUGUCUUCUUCCAACUUUGAUUCCAACGGGGCUGUGAGGAUGGAACUGGUGAGCGAGGAGGAAGUGAAGGUGAUGGGAGAGGCCGAAGACCAGCAGGAGUUUUCCGUGCCUAAGGAGCUCGAGAACAACGCGGUUAGGAAUGCGUAUCCGGUGAGUUUGAUCAAGUUGGUUUUUCUCAGACCGACGGCUUAUGCUAACAAUAUGAUACAGGAUACAAUCGAUGUGGAGGUUGCCGUCGAGGGCGACGCAGUUACGAUUGGCGUGUUUGGGUCAAAAUACAAGCUCGGGCUGGAUGGUGCUCGGUUUGUGAUUGGAGAGAUGACCAAGGCGUUGACGGCAUUGUGAGGGGUUUCGGGAUCGUGUUCUCGUUUACUUGUAUAUUGGUAGCAAUUACGGCGUCGCGGAAUAU